AUGAACCCAGAUGCAGAAAGUGCCAUGCGCGAAAGGUCAAAUGCCCUGGCGGUCAUCCAUGUCGUAAUUGCGUACAAAUGGACUGCCAAGCCGAAUGCCUAUGUCGAGAGCCUGGUGCGUGAAAAUCAGGAGUUGAGAAACUACACUCGACAAAAUCAAAGAGAAGCGACAACGGCUCAAGAGUCAACGAAUAAUGCCGCAGAAAGUGAGGCUGAGCGGGACACACCAAGUCCCAGCGAACCAAGCCAUAACCCGGUACUCGAAGAGAAGCCAUGGUUCCUCUCGACCAGGUCAUCAGAGAUCCCUAUUCUCAUAGGAGAAGUGGCAGACGCAGCGUUCGCAACGCGAUUUCGCCAAUUACUCACAAACCAAGCCCUUAACCACACCCUACGUACCAGUUACCCAGAUAACAACCCGAUAACGGAACUUGCGCAAGCUGAGUGUCCCUCUCUGAACACUUCUCACGCCCGGUUCCUGGUUCGAGUAGCCCUGAAAAGCCUGGAUGGAUCCUUUCACAUUGUCCGGAAAAGCCGCAUAUGGGAGUUGCUGGAACAGUACCUCCAAUCACCUCAAACACUCGAUGCAUCAUCUCGUUGUAAGACUUUGGCUCUAUUAGCGUUGGGGGAACUAUACUCCAGUUCUUGUCAGGCCCAAGGUACAACGACCCCCGGCCUGGCUUUUUUCAGUCACGCGAGCAAGACUCAUGACUUGCUCCAGGAGCGCCCCUCUAUCAACACAGUCGAGGUCUCGCUACUCUUGUGCCUAUAUGCUCUUUGCAUCAAUAGACGCCACUCCGCAUAUUUCUUAGCAAGCUCCGCUGUCCGGCAUUGCUUGGUGAUGGGACUUCACUUUAACUUACCCGACUCUCAAAUAGACGACCCAGAAACCAAAGAGCAUCUUAAUCGACUCUGGUGGUCGGCAUAUAUAAUGGAUCAUACAGCUGCGUCCAUCAGCAGCCAAAUCGCUUCUGUAUCGGACGAUGAUGUAUUCGUCGACCUUCCAUCAAGUACAAGAGUCAUUGGUAUGGGGUCAGCCGAUUUCCAGCACACAGAACUGCUCAUUGCAAGGAUACACUUGGCCAGAGUCACAAGGUCGAUAAUAAAGUGUCUGUAUGGAAGGACGCAAGAGACAAAGCCAUUCCUCCGGAGAGUUCAGCAUGCUUUACAAGAUUUGAAACAAUGGCUUCAAAGACUGCCUCCUGAUAUACAGAUAGAUUCUGGAUCUUCGCUUUCAAAACCAAUAGCAGUCCAAUCUCUGCAUCUUGCUUUCAACCAGUCCGUAAUCCUGGCAACCCGACCAGUCCUAUUGUAUAUGCUGCGAACGCAUAAAGAGGUUAAUGAAACCACUCCGGCCACAGCCGAACGAGUGAUCUCAAGUAGCAUCCAGACAUUGGCAGAAGCCUGCGUUAGAUGCGGUCGACAUCUAUAUACCACUGUCGUCGAGUCCUGGGUUGAGGGAUCGUUCAAAACCUUUGACUACUUCAACACACAAUACCUCUUCUCGUCGGCAACAAUAUUGGCCAUAUCUAGUCUUCUGGAUGGUCCCGAUAGCUCUGAGGACCGAGAGAACUUUCUCUUCGCUAGCCAACUGAUGGAGAAGCUUCGGGAUUCCGGAAGUUUCUCUGCUACGGAGUUCUGUCGUCAUCUCGAAGCGAUAAAGCAAGAUAUCCAGGGCUUCUUAGCCAGGGCAAGUUCAUUAGCAGAUGAAGAGGUGGGGCCAAGCCAUACUGCUACUUUAGAGGCAUCGAUUCUCCAUGAUACCACAGUCCAGCCUGUUCAAUCUAUGACAUCUGGCAUGGCACUGGCCGAGCCAUCCUUAGAAGCCUUUUUACAGAGCGAACAGGACCUCCCAGAUAUAGACUUUCUCUUGGAAAAUGCACAGCUUAGUGGCCUCUACUGGCCGACAUAA